AUUUUAAUUACUUUUGUGAUCACAAUACUCUUUGCAAAUUUCUUGUAAUUGUGUUUUCUUAUUUUUGUAUUCAUGUAUAAGGUUGUAUUAACAGUCCUGUUUUGUAAUAUUUUUUGGCAUUUUUAGACAGAACAGAGAAAUAUUUUCCAAUAAUUCAGUUACUAUUGUCUAGAUAGUUACUGCUUAUAUUGUUGAUAUUGAAAAUUUGUAUGUUUAACGAAUAUUGUAAUGUUUCAGAUAUAAAUCCCUGACUUUUAAGAGUUAUUAAAUCCUCAGGACUGUUGGAGAGCAUUAUUUGACAUUUUCGAGGCCUAUUACAAGAAUGAAGUCUAAAAUGAUAAACAUCAAGGAUUAUGAUUUCCAAGAUUUGCUUGACCCUGCAUCCAACCUUAAUGAUGUUGAAUUCAAGAUUGUUGAUGAGAACUCCCAGGAGCUGGGAACUGUCAGGUCCCACAAGUUCUUGCUGUCCCUUCUGUCCCCUGUGCUGAAGAAGAUGUUUAUGAGUCGGGAGAAGGGAUCCAUUGUUGUUGAGAUCACUGGUCCAUCCUUCAUUAGUUUUCAGACCCUCAUUCAGUUCUUAUAUACUGGAGAUGAGUCAGUUAUUACAGAUAUAUCCUGCAUUGAUGAUCUGUUUGAUCUAUAUUGUUUGGGAGACAAGUAUGAGCUGCGUGGAUCCAGGAACCUGAUUAAGGAAGUUGUCUCCAGCUUCAAAAUCAACCAGGAGAACUGGAUUUAUAUACUCAAGGGGAUUAAGAAGCAUGAGAUUACUUUCCUGUUUGAAGAUCUCUGUGAUAUACUUCAGGAUAAAGUUCAAGGCUUCCUGAAGGACUGGACUUCUUCUGAAUCCUACCUAGAGAAUAUUCAAGAAUCUGAAAACACAGAAUUUUACCUCUGGGUAAAGAACAGGAUUCAGAAAUGGAGCAUUUUUGACACAGGAGUGCAGACUGAUAAGGGAGAGAACGACAAGGGGAAGGUUGAGAUGAAAGACUUCAAUAAUCAAGUCUCUGCAGAAUUAGGAAUGCAGACUGAUGAGGGGGAGAACGACAAGAUCUGCAAGGACAAGGAGAAGGUUGAGAUGAAUGAGGUGGAAAAUGUCAAGGUUGAGAUAAAAGACUUCAAGAAUCAAGUCUCUGGAGAUAUGUCUAAGCUCAAUAAAGCUCUGGAGAAGAUUGAAGUGCUGUUAAAGAAGAAUCCUGACCAACAUUCCUGUUUUGGUUGCUCUAUGGGUUCAUUCUGUCUGGAUGGGAAACCUGUUGGUUAUUUUCCUAUUAAAAAAGCGAUGGUCAAAGCUAAAAGCAAUAUCUACAAUCCAAAUGUUGGUGUAGUAGUUUAUGCUGGUGAUACCGGGAUUGGAUUUUAUAGCACAACAUGCCCGUACGCCGUUAUUUGGAAGAAGGCAGGAGUUCAGCAACAUGAUUUAAAUUGUUCUAACAUGGUUUUUACAUGUGGUGCAAAUAGGCAGUAAAGCUCAAGCUUGUAUUUUAUUUACAUGUUGUACGUAUAUUGAGUAAACUGCUUUAUUACAGCUGCUCCAUUUAAAUAUAGACCAAU